CCGCCUCCCUCCUCCCUCCUCCCUCCUGCUGCGAGUGCGGCCUCGGCUGGCGGCGGCACCAGUAGGUGUUUAGGGAGUAGCUGCCAUUUAUCCCUUCCCAAGAGAGCAGAGGCGCCACUGUGCUCGCAGAAGCUGACAGGCCGCAGUGGUAAGGGAUCUUGUGGCUGUCAGGAUGGCGGAGGAGCAGGAGUUCACCCAGCUCUGCAAGUUGCCUGCGCAGCCCUCCCACCCACACUGCGUGAACAACACCUACCGAAGUGCACAGCACUCCCAGGCCUUGCUCCGAGGGCUGCUAGCUCUCCGGGACAGCGGGAUCCUCUUCGAUGUUGUACUGGUGGUAGAGGGCAGACACAUCGAGGCCCAUCGCAUCCUGCUGGCUGCAUCCUGCGAUUACUUCAGAGGAAUGUUUGCCGGAGGAUUGAAGGAAAUGGAGCAGGAAGAGGUCCUGAUCCAUGGCGUGUCCUACAAUGCUAUGUGCCAAAUCCUACAUUUCAUAUACACCUCUGAGCUGGAGCUCAGCCUAAACAAUGUGCAAGAGACACUGGUGGCUGCCUGCCAGCUUCAGAUCCCAGAAAUUAUCCAUUUCUGCUGUGAUUUCCUCAUGUCCUGGGUGGACGAAGAGAACAUUCUCGACGUCUACCGGCUGGCAGAGCUGUUUGACUUGAGCCGCCUGACUGAGCAACUGGACACCUACAUCCUCAAAAACUUUGUAGCCUUCUCUCGGACUGACAAGUACCGCCAGCUUCCAUUGGAGAAGGUCUACUCCCUCCUCAGCAGCAAUCGCCUGGAGGUCUCCUGCGAGACCGAGGUAUAUGAGGGGGCUCUUAUAUACCAUUAUAGCCUGGAGCAGGUGCAGGCUGACCAGAUCUCGCUGCAUGAGCCCCCAAAGCUCCUUGAGACAGUGCGGUUUCCGCUGAUGGAAGCUGAGGUCCUGCAGCGGCUGCAUGACAAGCUGGACCCCAGCCCAUUGAGGGACACAGUGGCCAGCGCCCUCAUGUACCACCGGAACGAGAGCCUACAGCCCAGCCUGCAGAGCCCGCAGACAGAGCUGCGGUCAGACUUCCAGUGCGUUGUGGGCUUCGGGGGCAUUCACUCCACGCCAUCUACUGUCCUCAGUGACCAGGCCAAGUAUCUAAACCCCUUGCUGGGAGAGUGGAAACACUUCACUGCCUCCCUGGCCCCCCGCAUGUCCAACCAGGGCAUUGCGGUGCUCAACAACUUCGUGUACUUGAUUGGAGGGGACAACAAUGUCCAAGGAUUUCGAGCAGAGUCCCGAUGCUGGAGGUAUGACCCACGGCACAACCGCUGGUUCCAGAUCCAGUCCCUGCAGCAGGAGCACGCCGACCUGUCCGUGUGUGUUGUAGGCAGGUACAUCUAUGCUGUGGCGGGCCGCGACUACCACAAUGACCUGAAUGCUGUGGAGCGCUACGACCCUGCCACCAACUCUUGGGCCUAUGUGGCCCCACUCAAGAGGGAGGUGUAUGCUCACGCUGGCGCAACGCUGGAGGGGAAGAUGUAUAUCACCUGCGGCCGCAGAGGGGAGGACUACCUGAAAGAAACGCACUGCUACGAUCCAGGCAGCAACACCUGGCACACACUGGCUGAUGGGCCUGUGCGGCGCGCCUGGCACGGCAUGGCGACCCUCCUCAACAAGCUGUAUGUGAUCGGGGGCAGCAACAACGAUGCUGGCUACAGGAGGGAUGUGCACCAAGUGGCCUGCUACAGCUGCACGUCCGGACAGUGGUCAUCCGUCUGCCCACUCCCCGCUGGGCACGGUGAGCCUGGCAUUGCUGUGCUGGACAACAGGAUCUAUGUGCUAGGUGGUCGCUCACACAACCGCGGCAGCCGCACAGGUUAUGUGCACAUUUAUGACAUGGAGAAGGACUGCUGGGAGGAGGGGCCCCAGCUGGACAACUCCAUCUCAGGCCUGGCGGCCUGUGUGCUCACCCUGCCCCGCUCCCUGCUCCUCGAGCCACCUCGCGGGACCCCUGACCGCAGCCAGGCGGAUCCGGACUUUGCCUCUGAGGUGAUGAGUGUGUCUGACUGGGAGGAGUUUGACAACUCCAGUGAGGACUAGGCUCCCCAUGCUUGGUGUGAGAGGGAAGGGAGGCCGGGGCUGCAGGGCAGUGAAACCCACGCAGCCCAGGCCAGAGCACUUUACUCCAGGGCAGGGCCCCUGCCCCUGUCAGCUGCAGCUUGAGGGCGCUGCCCUCAUUCUUCACACCAGCCCCUUGGCCAGCCUGCCACAGGCGUCUCAGGGCCAGGCAGAUCCCAGGCUGUGGAUUACUUCACAGCAGAGAAAUGCUCCUGAAAGGCUUUGGUCUUCCUCAGUGAGCCCUAGGGGUGCUUGGCCUUCUCUCCUCCCUGCCUGGAUCAGUCCCUUCUCCAAAGGGACCUUGGAGCUGGUAGCCUGGGCGGGGGGCUGAGGCACAUGGCAGCCCUUUUUCUGUGAAUGGGGUGGGGCUAUGGGAGCAGCCAGGGUUGGAGGAUGAGAGAGCUCCUGAGGAACAGAGGAGUAGAGAUCAUCAGCUUGCCUGGGACUGGCUCUGUGAUAAAAAGACCCCUCUCGCUGGGUUUUCAGACCCCAUGUUGUUGAUCAAUGAAAUAAAGCAUCUUACAGACGGUGUUAACUGUU